GGGGGUUUCUCAAAGGAUAAGAAAAUGACUUUUCUUCAAUUAUAUAUAGGGCCACUAAACCCAACAAAUAUACUUGAUCCAGUUAUAAAACCUUUCCUACGAAAACUCAAAGAAACAAUGGCCAUCAAAUCCAUAUUUAUCAUCAUCAUCAUCAGCAUCAUCACAUCAAUAUCUGAACUUUAUGCUUUGGAUCCUUCGUUUCUUCGUCUUUCGACCUCUCUCCAAAGAAGUAGCUUUCCUCAAGAUUUUCGGUUUGGUGCAGCUUCGAGUGCUUAUCAGAGUGAAGGAGCAGCCAACGUUGAUGGAAGAGAACCAAGCAUAUGGGAUACGUUUACUAAACAAUAUCCAGAAAAGAUUUCAGAUGGUAGCAAUGGCGACGUUGCAGACGAAUUUUAUUACCGUUUCAAGGAGGACGUGGCACAUAUGAAAGAAAUAGGGCUGGACUCAUUUAGGUUUUCGAUUUCUUGGUCCAGAAUACUACCUCGAGGUACGGUUGCUGGAGGAGUAAAUCAGGCAGGAAUUAACUUCUACAAUCAUCUCAUCAAUGAACUCAUUUCAAAUGGUAUAAGGCCUCUGGUUACUCUGUUUCACUGGGAUACACCUCAGGCACUUGAAGAUGAAUAUGGCGGGUUCUUAAACCCACAAAUCGUGAAAGAUUUCGUAGAAUAUGUGGAUAUAUGUUUCAAAGAGUUUGGAGAUAGAGUGAAGGAGUGGAUCACAAUCAACGAGCCUAACAUGUUCGCAGUGUUAGGUUACAAUGUCGGUAAUAUUGCUCCGGGGCGUUGUUCGAGCUAUGUUCAAAACUGCACGGUUGGGAACUCAGCCACUGAGCCAUAUCUCGUGGCUCAUUACUUAAUCCUUUCUCAUGCCGCUACAGUCCAACUCUAUAGAGAGAAAUAUCAGAGUUUUCAUGGAGGGACCAUAGGAAUGACUAUUCAAACAUAUUGGAUGAUUCCAAAAUAUAACACUCCUGCUUGUAGAGAAGCUGCCAAAAGGGCUCUUGACUUCUUCUUCGGAUGGUUUGCUGAUCCGAUCACUUACGGAGAUUAUCCAAAAACAAUGAGAGAGUUGGUGGGAAAUAGACUCCCAAAAUUCACAAAAAAGCAGUCAAAAAUGGUGAGAGGAUCCUUUGACUUUUUUGGACUCAACUAUUACACUUCAAGAUACGUUGAAGAUGUUAUGUUCUACGCUAACACCAAUCUUAGUUACACAACAGAUAGUCGCGUAAAUCAAACAACGGAGAAAAAUGGAGUUCCUGUGGGUGAACCGACGAGUGCUGAUUGGCUCUUUAUAUGUCCAGAAGGGUUUCAAGAUGUUCUAUUAUACAUAAAAUCGAAGUUUCAAAAUCCAGUAAUCCUCGUCACUGAGAAUGGAAUGCCUAGCGAGAAUGACAAAUCAUUGUCCGUGAACAUAGCACUCAAUGACGAGGCAAAGAUCAAAUAUCACCAACUCCAUCUCACUGCUCUUCUAGAAGCAGUCAGUCAAGGAGCAGAUGUGAGAGGAUAUUAUAUAUGGUCAUUAAUGGAUGAUUUUGAGUGGGAAUUUGGUUACAAAUAUAGAUACGGAUUGGUCUACGUUGAUUUUCAAGAUGGACUUAAACGACACCUCAAGAGUUCUGCUCUUUGGUACCAUCAUUUUCUAUCCAACUCAUCCUCCUAUCAAAUGGACUAGCAAGGAAUAUCUAAAAUUAAUAUCUUCACUUUAUACAACUUUCUUAUGUAUUCCUAAGAAUAAAAUGAAACAUGCAACUUUAGCAGUACUGUUUAUCCCAGACUGGGACACGAAUAUAUGUAUCAAGAUUUUUUUGUGUGGCCAUCAAAACAUAUUGGGCCGUGGUUCUAGGCUUCAAGCACUCGGUUUUCAGAUCCGAACCGGGUUGAAUGUUGGGUCUUCAGAUGACGACCCGGAGAGGAAUUUACUUGGACUCACCCACUUCAUAUCUAUGUACUAAUGAAAAUAAAAAUAUCCAACAGGCCAUUACGGAUGAUCAUCACACAAUUAUUGCAUGCACCAACC